GAGCAUGUCUGCCGUCGGCGUCAGUGGUUGCUUCUUUUAUUGUGACAGCGUUUCCUCUUCUUCACCUCUGCUCCUCUUUAUCUGCAGCAACAUACGAUGUUCCUGCGCUGUGCGUCGCUGGCAGCAUCUCAGCCCCUCGAGGAGUUCAUGGGAAAACAGCGCUGAUGGGAAGGAGCCCAGGAGAGAGGGGACAGCUUUUUCCCCCCUUCUGCUCUGAGCACUCUCUUCAGUGGAUUUAGGAGCGAUGACAGCGCCGUCCGAGGCUGAAUGAAACUUUGGAUUUUCCCGGCCGAGCGCAUGUGAAGGACCUUCUUUUUGGGGAAACCCCCGGUGGAUGCUGCAGGUGAGGGGGCUCCGCGGCUGGCAGGCUGCAGCUAUGGACGUUGAGAGGUUUCCUCCCUCCUCAUCAGUGACCUCGCCGCCGACUUCGUCCCACCAUGCCAGACGACCCCGCCGCCUCCGUCCUCUACAUCGUCCUGGAGCUGCUGAUCGCCGUGUUCUCGGUGCUGGGCAACGUGCUGGUGUGCUGGGCCGUGUGCCUCAACAGUAACCUGCAGAGCAUCACCAACUUCUUCGUGGUGUCGCUGGCGGUGGCCGACAUCGCCGUGGGCGUCCUGGCCAUCCCCUUCGCCAUCGUCAUCAGCACGGGCUUCUGCUCCAACUUCUACGGCUGCCUGUUCAUCGCCUGCUUCGUGCUGGUGCUCACGCAGAGCUCCAUCUUCAGCCUGCUGGCCAUCGCCAUGGACCGCUACAUCGCUAUCACGAUCCCACUCAGGUACAACAGCUUGGUGACGGGCCGGCGGGCUCAAGGCAUCAUCGCCAUCUGCUGGGCGCUUUCCAUCGUCAUCGGUCUGACCCCCAUGAUGGGCUGGCACAAGGUGGCGGUGGGCGCGGAGGGCGCCAACAGCACCUGCCCGCCCGGCCUGAUGAAGUGCCUGUUCGAGGAGGUGGUGGACAUGGAGUACAUGGUCUACUUCAACUUCUUUGCCUGCGUCCUGAUCCCCCUCCUGCUCAUGCUGGCCAUCUACCUGUGCAUCUUCAUGGCGGCCCGCCACCAGCUGAAGCUGAUUGAGGUGAAGGCGGCUCACGGGGAGAAGUCACGCUCCACGCUGCAGAAGGAGGUGCAGGCCGCUAAGUCCCUGGCCAUCAUCGUGGGCCUGUUUGCCGUCUGCUGGCUGCCGCUCCACAUCAUCAACUGCUUCACGCUCUUCUGCCCCGACUGCCCCCGGCCGCCGCUCUGGAUCAUGUACGUGGCCAUCAUCCUGUCGCACGCCAACUCGGUGGUCAACCCCUUCAUCUACGCCUACCGCAUCCGCGAAUUCAGGCAGACCUUCCGCAAGAUCAUCCGGCGCCACAUCCUGGGCCGACAGCAGGCCCUGGGGAGCGCCGGCAGCGGCCGCAACUCCACGCACAACAGCAUCACGGACUCCAUCCGGCUCGAAGCCAACGGGCUCAGCUUCGACCUGUUCACGGAGCACGGCGGCUACAGGGGCUGCGGCCCCGCCCACUUCCCUGCUGCCAGGGGCAGGCUGCCGGCCCAGCCGGCCCGCCCCCCCCUGCCCACCGUCACCUCCCAGUGCCCCCAGGCCGGAGCACAGGCCCCGGAGGAGAGGGCCAAGCAGGAGCUGGACUCCGCGCCGGUGUCGGCGCCGUUCAGCAAACACAAGAGGAAGGGCUGCUUCUGUGAGCUGGAGAGGGUGUCCUGA